GCAACGUCCAGUGCUGGUGUCUACGUGGCGGGCAGCUUCCAAGGCUGGGAAGCGAACGCCACCCGGUUGCUCGACCUGGAGGGCAAUGGUGUCUACCAGGUGAUGCUAAACUUGAGUGCAGGCUUCCAUGAGUUCAAGUUCAUCAACAGCAACACCUGGGAGAAUGCCGAAGAGGUGCCUUUCGGCUGCAGCGAGCAGCAAUCUGGGCACUUCAACCGCUACAUCUCGAUCCCGGAAGGUGCGAGCAGCAUGGAUUACCACACCUGCUUCAGUGCUUGCGAGCCAUGUGACGAGAUUCCUCCUUGCAAGCUCUUUACAUGUCCGAGCUGGAUGCUUCAUCGGCCCGAAGCGCUGGAGCUCAUCGCCUCAAGCGCAGAAGAGUGCUGUGUCGACGGCUCUGCUGACCUUAUGGAUGUGGUUGUUCAGAGCGCUGGCUUCUCUGAUGGCAAUGAGGUGUCCUUCUGGCUGAAUGGGAAGCAACUUCAUUCAUCGAGCGCACGUGGUCUCACGAUUCUGGUACUCGCCGUAGACGGCGAAGUCGUCGGGGCGCCAAAGACUUUCGACACAAAUCAGGAUUCCGCCGAGGUCGAAAUCUUUCUGCAGAGUUUGGCAAGCAACACAACGGUCCUUGUUGGCGUCUCAGACGAAGCUUCCUCAGGACUGACGGACCGUGGUCGGGCUUUGAUCCAAGCAUGUGGCGGCCAGCAGAUCGGCAGACUGCAGUUCAGGGAUUCCUACGCCUUGAUCGGCGUGCCCGAGCAGCUAUCAGAAGUCAAAGAUGGCUCUGCAUACGCCGAGGCUUAUGUUCCGCGAGAUCAGGGCAAGGCCGUUGCGGUUAGCGCGUUGCCUCGAGUGGAGCUGCCCAUGCAAGGGAACGAGCCCUGCAAUGCCCUAGCGCCGGUGCCUCCAACACGUGGAAAGCUGCAUUCGACAGGCAACCUAGAGAUGUACACUGACAGUGGCAAGUGCCGCUACGCCGUCUUUGAGCCCGAAAGCAUUGACGGAUGCCUGGGUUGA